CGGGGCUGCGCGGGGCUCUCAGCCCAGCUGGAGACGGAGAACAAUUAGAGAGAAGGACGCGGGAGCGCGUGAGGGCUCAGUCCUAAAAAGUGAGCUCACUCCCUGGUUGGCAGAAGCGUUUAGCAGCGGCGGUGGCAGGAGCCGGAAAGGUGAGCUUGCUGGAGACAGGAUUCCUCUCCCGUUCUGCUUGCCGAGUCUCAGCCAUGGCAUCAGUCCUGGGGACCAGCAGAGGCUCCGGAGGGCUGAGCAGUCAACUCAAAUGCAAGUCCAAGAGGAGGAGGCGGCGGCGGCCGAAGAGGAAAGACAAAGUAAGCAUGUUGUCAGCCCUCAUCGCUCCCUUCAAGCACUUAAGCCCCGGGGCCACAAACACGGAGGAUGAAGACAGUCUAAGUACCAGCAGCGCCGACGUGAAGGAAAACCGCAAUGUGAGCAACCUGGAGGCCCGGCCCCUGCCCGCCAGUGACAGGGCCAGGGGCGGCGCGCCCAGCGUGAAGAGGAAGAGACCCCUGGAGGAGGGCAACGGCAGCCACUUGUGCAAGCUGCAGCUCGUCUGGAAGAAGCUCUCGUGGUCCGUGACACCCAAGAACGCACUGGUGCAGCUGCAUGACCUGCGUCCCGGCCUGCAGUACCGCAUGGUGUCCCAGACCGGCCCGGUGCACGCCCCUGUCUUCGCCGUGGCCGUGGAGGUGAAUGGGCUCACGUUCGAGGGCACAGGGCCCACCAAAAAGAAAGCCAAGAUGCGGGCGGCCGAGCUGGCCCUGAGGUCCUUCGUACAGUUCCCCAACGCCUGCCAGGCCCACCUGGCCAUGGGCAGCGGCGCCGGCCCGUCCACAGACUUCACCUCAGACCAGGCCGACUUCCCCGACACGCUGUUCAAGGAGUUCGAGCCGGCCGCCCCCAGCGAGGCCUUCCCGGGCCGCCGCCCCGCCGACGCCGGGCUGCUGUCCUCCGCCUGCCGGAGGGGGAGGCUGCUCUACCGUCCGCUGGAGCUGGUGGGCCCGGCGCGGCAGGACAGGCCCAGGCCGGGCCCCACGGCCCCGGGCGAGAGGAACCCCGUGGUCGUGCUGAACGAGCUGCGCUCUGGCCUGCGCUACGUGUGCCUCGCGGAGCCGGCCGAGAAGCAGCAUGCCAAGAGCUUCGUCAUGGCCGUGAGCGUGGACGGCAGGACGUUCGAAGGCUCAGGACGCAGCAAGAAGCUGGCCAAGGGCCAGGCGGCUCAGGCUGCCCUCCAGGCUCUCUUCAACAUCCGGCUGCCCGGCCACAUCCCCAGCAGGAGUAAAAGUCACCUCUUGCCCCAGGAAUUCGCAGACUCUGUGUCCCAGCUGGUCACGCAGAAGUUCCACGAGCUGACCGUGGGCCUGGCGUCCGUGCACGCCCGCCACAAAGCACUGGCAGGAAUCGUCAUGACCACAGGCUUGGACGUGAGGCAGGCGCAGGUCAUCGUCCUGUCCUCGGGGACCAAGUGCAUCAGCGGCGAGCACAUCAAUGACCAGGGGCUGGUGGUCAACGACUGCCACGCGGAGAUCGUAGCCCGUAGAGCGCUGGUCCACUUCCUGUACGCACAGCUGGAGCUGCACCUGAGCAAGCGGCGGGAGGACUCGGAACACUCGAUAUUCGAGCAGUCCAAGGAUGGCGGCUACCGGCUGAGGGACAACGUGCUGUUUCAUCUCUACGUGAGCACGUCCCCCUGCGGAGAUGCCAGGCUCCACUCGCCCUACGAGAUCACCGCGGACCUGAACAGCAGCAAACACAUCGUCAGGAAGCUCCGUGGGCACUUGCGCACAAAGAUCGAGUCUGGGGAAGGGACCGUCCCUGUCCGGGGCCCCAGUACGGUACAGACGUGGGACGGCGUCCUGCUGGGUGAGCAGCUCAUCACCAUGUCCUGCACGGACAAGAUCGCCAGGUGGAACGUGCUGGGACUGCAGGGUGCACUGCUCUGCCACUUCAUCGAGCCCGUGUACCUGCACAGCAUCAUCGUGGGCAGUCUGCACCACACCGGCCACCUCUCCCGCAUCAUGAGCCACCGCACCGAGGACAUCGGACAGCUGCCAACCUCGUAUCGGCACAACCGGCCCCUCCUCAGCGGAGUGAGCCACGCCGAGGCGCGCCAGCCGGGGAAGUCUCCACACUUCAGCGUGAACUGGGUGAUGGGCAACGCGGACGUGGAGAUUAUCGACGGCACCACCGGGAAGAGGAGCUGCGGGGGCUCAUCGCGGCUCUGCAAGCACGUGUUCUCGGCCCGGUGGGCGAGGCUUUACGGAAAGCUGAGCACGCGGAUCCCGAGCCACGGAGACACGCCGUCCAUGUACUGUGAGGCCAAGCGGGGGGCGUGCACCUACCAGUCUGUCAAACAGCAGCUGUUCAAGGCGUUCCAGAAGGCCGGGCUGGGCACCUGGGUGAGGAAGCCGCCUGAGCAAGACCAGUUUCUACUGACUCUCUGAACCACCGGACUCCCACGCUGCAGGAGCAGAGCGAGCGCCUGGACAGGGCAGGGCGUGCGUGCGUGUGCGUGGGGCGGCAGGCAGCGCUCCCUGGCUCCCCACGCUCAUUUCCCUCUCGUGUUCCAGAAGCACGUGCGUGGUCAGUGUUCCGUGGGCAACUAGACUCAAGGUAGGAGCUGCUUCUCGGGCGGCUACUCCCACGUUGUCAGAACCCAGACGCCCCCAGUCCUGAAGGCACAGGUGAGGCCAAACGUCUCCUCCCGGUGUGUGUGAGGGACAGUCUCCGUUCAGGCUGAAG